UUAAUCCUCGUAGUACUCGGUUGCUCGCAGCUCGUGUCAGGUUGGUUUUUUUCGUUUUCGCGUAGACUGGAACAAAGUGCUCGCUAUUGAUUUUGUACAGAAAAGAAAAUUUAUAAAAGUGCAAAGUGCAAAGAUUUUUUAAUAGCAGAUUUGAAAACAAAUAAAUACAGAAAAAUGUGAGAAAAAGCAAUUGAAAUAUUUAAAAUCCAUAUUCGUUGUUAUGAAAGUGCUGUUCGAGGACAAGAAAAGUGCGCAUAGAAAAAAUUAUUUCAAUCUCUGUUAUACCAGCUGAAAUUUUUUUUCAAGAGUCUAUACUGUAUACGUUGGCCUUUGCUGGUUGGCUGACUGUGUAAAUUUGUAUAACUGUGGCUGCAAUUUUGUAUACGUGUGUGUAAUGGCCAUGCCCUGCACACAAAAUACCUGCUUCGCCCCUCCGGAAACACUUCAAUGUGCCCCUUUGGCUACUUGCUGCUAUUCGCACUAUUUCUAACAUCAAUUUUGGUCUUUUUGAUAUUGACUGCGACGGCUACAAAGGAGUCCUUAUUGGAAAUUUUUUAUUUAGAAAGCGUGCAACAACAAGAACAACUAUAGAAAAUAAGAAAUAUAACAUAAAAGAACCAAGACAUUUAUACUCCGAAAGAAAGUGACCUGCGGAAAAUUUAUUUAUUAAGUUUUUACGUAUACUUCUCCUCAGUUUGGCAAUUGUUCUUUUGCAGCGCAAUGAAUUUUGUUAGUUCUUACGCCUGACAACUGUUUUAAGUUUAACUACUACGAAAAUACUUUUACGAAAAUUUCGAACAAAAAAACUAAGAACACAAAUUUCAUUAAGCAAAAGUGUAAAAAUAUGCAACUUCCAACGUUGAUCAACUGUACGGAGGAUUAAAUCUGUGUGCUGUUUUGAAACAGCCAACUCCAAGAAAAAAAGGUCUUUAAGCUCCUAGUGCGUAGUUAAGGCCUUUGGGCCUCCCUCACCGCCAAAAUGUCGUCCGUUAAGGUGGCGGUUCGAGUGCGACCCUUCAAUUCGCGUGAAAUCGGUCGAGAAUCAAAAUGUAUUAUCGAAAUGACCGGUGCAACCACCGCCAUCACAAAUCCAAAAGUACCACCAAACAGCAGCGAAGCCAUCAAGCGCUUCAACUUCGAUUACUCCUAUUGGUCACACAAUCCACGAGAUCCCGAAUUCUCCACACAAGAGAUGGUCUACAAGGACAUUGGCGAGGAGAUGCUGCAACACUCCUUCGACGGUUACAAUGUUUGCAUAUUCGCCUACGGUCAAACCGGCGCUGGGAAAUCUUACACAAUGAUGGGCAAACAAGAGGAACAUCAAGAGGGUAUCAUACCGAUGAUUUGUAAGGAUCUCUUCAAUCGUAUACACGACACGGAAACAAGUGAACUCAAGUAUUCGGUUGAGGUUUCAUAUAUGGAAAUCUAUUGCGAACGUGUACGCGAUUUAUUAAAUCCAAAGAACAAAGGCAACUUACGCGUACGUGAGCAUCCAUUGCUCGGCCCAUACGUAGAGGACCUGUCCAAGUUGGCGGUGACUGACUAUCAGGACAUACACGAUCUCAUCGAUGAAGGCAACAAAGCGCGCACUGUUGCCGCUACCAACAUGAACGAGACCAGUUCUCGCUCGCAUGCUGUCUUCACCAUUUUCUUCACCCAACGUCGUCACGACAAUAUGACCGAUCUCACCACCGAGAAGGUUUCCAAAAUCAGUUUGGUCGAUUUGGCUGGUUCGGAGCGCGCUGAUUCGACUGGCGCCAAAGGCACCAGACUAAAGGAGGGCGCCAAUAUCAACAAAUCGUUGACUACGCUGGGCAAAGUCAUCUCGGCCUUGGCUGAAAUUGCGUCUAAGAACAAAAAAUCAAAGAAAGCUGAUUUCAUACCCUACCGCGAUUCGGUGUUAACCUGGCUUUUGCGCGAAAAUCUCGGUGGCAACUCUAAAACGGCUAUGAUUGCUGCUAUCUCACCGGCAGAUAUUAACUACGAUGAGACACUAAGUACAUUGCGUUACGCCGAUCGCGCCAAACAGAUCGUUUGCAAGGCCAUCGUCAACGAGGAUGCCAAUGCCAAACUCAUACGCGAACUCAAGGAAGAGAUACAGAAGUUGCGCGAUCUCUUGAAGGCCGAGGGUAUUGAGGUGCAAGAAGGGCCCGAUGGUAAAGUGGUUUGUGAGAAGCGCGACCCGAAUAAAGAUGAAAUGACUAAAUCGGGCAGUGGUCCCUUGAAAUCACCAACAAAGGCACGCAAUCGUAAUGGUUCGACCACUGAAAUGGCAGUGGAUCAGCUGCAGGCCAGCGAGAAAUUAAUUGCAGAACUCAACGAGACUUGGGAGGAGAAGCUCAAGCGCACCGAAGAGAUUCGUCUGCAACGCGAGGCGAUCUUUGCUGAAAUGGGUGUAGCCGUGAAGGAGGAUGGCGACACCGUUGGCGUAUUCUCACCAAAGAAAACUCCACAUCUAGUCAAUCUGAAUGAAGAUCCGAAUUUGUCGGAAUGCCUGCUGUAUUACAUCAAAGAUGGCAUUACACGUUUGGGCACACACGAAGCCAAUGUGCCACAGGAUAUACAAUUAUCGGGUUCACAUAUUUUGAAAGAACAUUGCACUUUCGAGAAUCGUAAUAGUACCGUUACACUCAUACCACACAAAGAUGCUUUGGUAUAUUUGAAUGGACGCAAGCUGGUCGAACCAGAGGUCUUGAAGACCGGUUCGCGUGUUAUACUUGGCAAAAAUCAUGUAUUUCGUUUUACCAAUCCCGAACAAGCGCGUGAGUUGCGCGAAAAGAUCACUGAGAAUGCGGAGAAUGAGAAUGAGACAGAGAAGUGCGAUACACAGCAGGUGGAUUGGAAUUUUGCGCAAUGCGAAUUGUUGGAAAAGCAAGGUAUCGAUUUGAAGGCGGAAAUGCAGAAGCGUUUGGAUAAUUUAGAGGAGCAGUACAAGCGCGAGAAAAUGCAGGCCGAUCAACAAUUCGAAGAGCAGCGUAAGAACUAUGAAGCUCGCAUUGAUGCGUUGCAGAAGCAAGUCGAAGAGCAAUCGAUGACUAUGUCAAUGUACAGCAGUUAUUCACCAGAGGAUUUCCACCAGGAGGAGGAUUUAUAUACCAAUCCUCUCUACGAAUCGUGCUGGACUGCACGCGAGGCCGGUUUAGCUGCCUGGGCAUUCCGCAAAUGGCGUUACCACCAAUUCACUUCGCUGCGCGAUGAUCUCUGGGGUAAUGCCAUAUUCUUGAAGGAGGCUAAUGCCAUAUCGGUGGAGUUGAAAAAGAAGGUACAAUUUCAAUUCACACUGCUCACCGACACCCUCUACUCACCACUACCACCUGAGCUGGCUUCAGCUGUUUCGCCAUUGCAAAACGAGGAUGAAUUUGGCGCGCCACCAGUUUCGAAAACUAUUGUGGCUGUGGAGGUGACCGACACCAAAAAUGGUGCCACACACUAUUGGUCGUUGGAGAAAUUGCGACAACGCUUGGAACUGAUGCGCGAAAUGUAUCACAACGAGGCCGAACUCAGCCCCACUUCGCCAGAUUACAAUGUGGAGAGCCUCACUGGCGGUGAUCCUUUCUACGAUCGUUUUCCCUGGUUUCGCAUGGUCGGACGCUCUUUCAUCUAUCUGAGCAAUUUACUAUAUCCGGUGCCACUGGUUCAUAAGGUGGCCAUUGUCAAUGAACGUGGUGAUGUACGCGGUUAUUUGCGUGUUGCCGUGCAGCCGGUAUUGGACGAAGAGUCUAUUGACUUCAAUAAUGGCGUCAAACAAUCGGCUCGCUUGAUUUUCAACAAGGAUGAUGCCAAGCCGAAGUAUCGCGCUCUCAACGAGAAGGAUGAUGUGCAGCGUUACAUCGAUAAUGGUGGUUUGGAUACCAAGCUUGAGGAACUCGAAGAUGCUGACUCUGGCCGUGGCAUUGACUCGAACUCCGCCUCUGAGUGUCAGGAGGCUAAUGAAGAGCCUGGCGAACAUCUUGAAGUUGGCAAGGAAUUUACUUUCCGCGUUACCGUACUACAGGCUACAGGCAUUGGCGCCGAAUAUGCUGACAUUUUCUGUCAGUUCAAUUUCUUACAUCGUCACGAGGAGGCUUUCUCCACCGAACCCGUAAAGAAUUCGGCAUCUGGCGCACCCCUCGGCUUCUAUCAUGUCCAAAACAUUACCGUGCCCGUUACCAAGUCCUUCAUUGAGUAUUUGAAGACCCAACCCAUCAUGUUUAAGAUCUUUGGACAUUACCAAACUCAUCCAUUGCAUAAGGAUGCUAAGCAGGAAUUCGUUUCACGUCCACCACCACGUCGCAUGCUUCCACCAAGCAUUCCUAUUAGCCAACCGGUACGUAGUCCCAAAUUUGGUCCACUACCAUGCCCAUCAACGUCGACAGUGCUGGCAAAGCAUGACGUCUUGGUUUGGUUCGAAAUAUGUGAGCUAGCCCCGAAUGGCGAGUAUGUGCCCUCGGUGGUAGAACACAGCGACGAUCUUCCAUGCCGCGGUUUAUUCCUGCUACAUCAAGGCAUACAGCGUCGCAUACGCAUUACCAUCGUACACGAGCCCACUGCCGAAGUGAAAUGGCGCGAUAUACGCGAACUGGUGGUCGGUCGUAUACGCAAUACACCGGAAUCUUCUGAUGAUCUGGAUGAAGAUUCGUGUGUACUGUCGUUGGGCUUGUUCCCCGGUGAGACUUUGGAGGUACCCGGCGAUGAUCGUUCGUUCUAUCGUUUCGAAGCUGCUUGGGAUUCGAGCUUACACAAUUCCACUUUGCUGAAUCGCGUGACCCAGGCUGGCGAAACAAUUUACAUUACUUUGAGUGCUUAUUUGGAGCUCGAGAAUUGUGCACGCCCAGCCAUCAUUACCAAAGACCUUAGCAUGGUAAUUUACGGACGCGAUGCACGCACCGGACCACGUUCGUUAAAACAUCUCUUCUCCGGACAAUACCGCAAUCCGGAAGCCAAUCGUUUGUCAGGCGUAUACGAGUUGUCAUUGCGUAGAGCCUCUGAAGCAGGUAGUCCAGGUGUACAACGACGUCAGCGGCGCGUCUUAGAUACCAGCUCGACCUAUGUGCGCGGCGAGGAGAAUCUCUCCGGUUGGCGUCCACGCGGCGAUUCGCUCAUUUUCGAUCACCAAUGGGAGCUGGAGAAGUUGACACGCCUCGAGGAGGUGGGACGUGUGCGUCAUUUGUUGUUGUUGCGCGAACGCCUUGGCAUGGACACCAAUCCAAAUCCUACCACCAAAACGGAAAAGGACGUGUGCAAUUUGGCAGCGCGUGCCGCCACCUCACCAGUACAUAUGGUCAUACCACCAUCCCCACAGACGCCCGUCAAUGAUUCACAACAGAUUGUUCCCGAGCGGGAAUACAAUCAACGCGAGCAGGAGUUGAUGCUGAAAUGCUUGAAGUUGGUGCAGGGCACCUACAAUAAAGCAACAGAACCACCAGUAGAGUCAACCACCCAGUCGGAUGCGUCGCCAAGCGAUGAGGGCUGUGCUGACAUGACCGUUAGCUGCAUCUCCAGCAGUUCCAUAGAAACAACACCAAAAAUUAGACGAAGAUUAUGUUCGCCCGAUCGCGCAGAUGCGCCCAAUGGCUGGGAGGCACCGGCACCCGCUACACAACCAGCCCUACCACUUCGUCUGUACGUACCAGAGUUGGAGGAGAUUAGGGUGAGCGCUGUGGUGGCGCGCAAGGGAUUGCUCAAUGUGUUGGAGCAUGGCGGUUCGGGAUGGAAAAAGCGUUGGGUGAUUGUGCGUCGCCCUUACGUUUUCAUCUACAAGUCCGAGAAGGAUCCAGUGGAGCGUGCAGUAUUGAAUUUAGCGACAGCUCAGGUCGAGUGCAGCGAAGAUCAGGCAGCUAUGGUGAAGAUACCCAAUACGUUUAGUGUCGUCACUAAGCAUCGUGGAUAUCUGCUGCAAACAUUGGGCGAUAAAGAGGUACACGAUUGGUUGUACGCCAUCAAUCCGCUACUGGCUGGGCGAAUAAAGUCAAGACUGGCACGUCGCAUAUUGGAGUCGGCAUCGCAAACCGCAUCACAAAUCCAAGCCACAACGGCGUCAAAUGCACAGACAAACAAUAAAUGAGAUACAAUUACGAUGGAAUCCGUAUUAGUGUAUUAAUAAGGGUAGAGUGUUUCUGAACAGUAUAUGCAAAAAUUACCACAACCACAAGAAUUAUUAUAUAGAUAUACACAUUAAGAAGAAAUGAAACGCUUACACACACAUAUACAAAGCGAUAUAAGUAUGUAUUUAUAUAUAUACGUAUGUAUAUGGAUGGAAGUUACAACACCAUAUAUGUAUGUAGUUAUGUAUGUAUUAAAAUUAUGCAAGAGCGGCGCAGAGUAAGAAAAUCGAAGAGAGAGUAGAGAGAGAGACAACAGUGAAUUUGCAGAAAAUGAGAAGGCAAAAUUUAAAGGUGAAAAAAAAAUAACAAAGUACACACAUACCACUAUACAAUAAAUUAGGCAAAUAAGUGUGAACAGGUGGCGGACGAGUGCAACAAGUUGAGCUUAGUAACGCAGGUAGGGGCAAAUCCAAAAAGAAAACAAUAAAAUAACUGAAAAUUGACGGCGAAUGCGAAAAGUAGAGAAUAUUGAAAGUUCUAGCAUCAGAAACAUUUAGUCCGAGUAGCAGCAUCGAGCGGAGAAGUUGAGGAUUAUUUACUUAUAUUUUUUUCUUUGUUCGAUUGUGAUGGACUGGGACGUUGGCAAAUGCGGCAAGUGUGCUCUAUAUAACAAAUGUAGGCAUUGUAUAUGUAAAAUUGGAAAUUUUUUUUGUAGUGAAUUUUCUCAUUUUCUUAAAAAAGCGUAAAAAGUAAGCACAUAUUAAAAAAAAAUUAUAUUAAAGAAAUAAUUUAAAAAAAGGAUUAAAAAAAGAAAUUAAAAAAAUUAUUAAAAAAUAUUUACUCAUCUACUCUAAUUGUAUGCAAAAAGGAAACCAAAAAGAAGAAAGCAAAAAUUGCAAAACACUUAAAUACGCUUCACUGUUAUCAGAAAAAAUCAAUCUAUUUAAAUGGGUAAAUAGAAAAAGCCUAUCAUUAAAAUUUAUGCUAGCAGAUAUUUAUUUAUAUAUAUAUAUAAAUGUACUAUAUAUUUUUUUUAAGGAACCAAUCAAAUAUUUAUUUUUAGCGAUUUGUUCAGUGGCAAACGUUUUUGUUUCUUUUAUUUAAUUUUCAUAAAUAUUUUAAAAUAUUUAUAUGUAAUUUUUUGUAAAUAGUUUAAUUUAAGCAAACAGCAAACUUAUAGCGAGAAAAAACAAAGCAUAGAAUUUUAUAAAUGCAAGUAUGAUAUUAAUUUUUUUCUUAAUUUUUAAAAAGUAUUGUAUUAUUAAAAACAUAAUUAAUGAAAUUAAUUUAGAAUUUUAUUUUUACAGCUUUUAAUGUGUAAAUGUAAAAGAGCAACAAAAAGUAUUGUAAAGAGCAAAAUAAAUGCACAGCAGAAAUAU